AUGAAAGAGAAAUCGGGAGAACGUAAGGGAUGUUCGUACAAGGAGUUUAUGGCGUGUAAACCACCAAUCUACAACGGGGAGGUCGACCCGAUAAUUUGCCAAAGACGGCUGAGUGACGUUGAAGGGGUGUUUGAAAGGACCCACUAUGAUGUAAGUGAUUUGGUUGCUUACGGAACGGGUCAGUUGGGGGGUCAAGCCAAGGAUUGGUGGGAUAAUAAAAAGAAUGAAAUAGGAGCUGAAGCGGCGAAGGCCAUGACAUGGGAGGAGUUUAAGACACCAUUUCUUAAACAUCAUAGUCCCAAGGCGGUCAUUAAUAGAAUCAAGGAAGAGUUCAUGCAACUUAGGCACAAGAGCGAGACCAUAGAUAAAAUUACGGCGACGUUUAUGGAUAAGAUUAUGUUUUGCAAUGAAUUGGUGACGAACGAAGAAAAGAAGAUAUACUAUUACUAUAACAUGUUGAGCGCUGAGUAUAGGGAGUUUAUGACUACUUCAAAAUAUGAGACCCUUACCGAGAUCAUAAACGUUGCGCGGGAAAGAGAAAUUGAACUCAAAAAGCAAAUUGAACGAAGGGAACGAAGGGCAAUGGAUGCCAACUCGAGCCCUAUAAAGAAGGCUCGAAUGACUGAGACGGUAAAGAAGACGGAUGCGAAGGGUGGAUCACCGAGUUGCAAAGUUUGUGGAAAGGGGCACAAGGGCGAAUGUCGCUUUAAAGACAAACCAUGCCCCAUAUGCAGAAAGACAGGACAUACAGCUGUGCUAUGUCCGGGGAAAGUUUUGGUGUGCUAUAAGUGCUAUCAGCCUGGCCACAAAAAGUCGGAGUGCCCAGAGUUGGACGGGAAAAAGAAUGAGAAGGAUGUGUAG